AUGUCCCAAUUGUCAGAAAGGCCAUAUACGGCAAAGCUUCUGCGGCUGGACAGUCCAGUGGGUAGUCUGACACUUGCAUUCCUAUUAUGGAAAUUCCUGCUCUAUUUUGUUAUUGCAUUCAGCCCAGGUCCUGGAUAUGAUACUUCUACAACUUUGAUGUUGCAUGAUAGCGCUGCCUCUACAAGCGCGUCUACGACGGCUCUAUUGUGGCCACUGAAGUUUGCUCGCUGGGAUUCAGUCUACUUUUUGCACAUCGCGGAAAAAGGUUACGUUUUUGAGCAAGAAUGGGCCUUUAGCUAUCCCCGAAUCUUGAACAUUGUGGCCGCAGCCGUUCGUCCAUCCGGAGGGGUAGAAGGGCCGGCAAACUUGGCCCUGAUCGGCGUCAUUCUGUCCCACGCGACUCAUUACUACUCUGUGCUGGCGCUGUAUAGCUUGUCGACAAAUAUUUUUGGCGAUGAGACAUCGACCCAAAAGCUCAUCUGUUUCCUAUCGGCAGCUCUUCAUAUCAUCUCACCAGCUGGCGCCUUUCUGUCCGCGCCGUACGGAGAACCGAUUUUCUCGCUUCUCAAUUUCGUUGGACUCGAUCUCUACACUCUGUCCCUUAUUGCAGAGCAUCGACGCUCUGCCUUGCUCCGAGACUUCCAAGUGUUGACCGCCGCUGUUAUAUUCGCCCUCGCGACGGUGGCCCGGAGCAAUGGUGUUCUGAGUGGUUGUCUAUUCGCCUACGAUGCCGCUUGGCUGAUCUGGACAACCCUCACACAGGGUCCGAGCAUCUACAACGUGCGUCGUCUUGCUGUGAUCCUUGUAGGUGGCUGCGUUGUUGCAUCGGGCAUGAUUGUGCCACAGGUCUUGGCCUUCCGCGAGUAUUGUGUCCUUGGGUCAGAAUCCCGGCCUUGGUGCAGCUCACUAUUGCCGAGCAUCUAUAGCUGGGUCCAGAGUUAUUACUGGAACGUGGGCCUUUUCCGGUAUUGGACGGUCUCAAACAUCCCACUUUUCGCACUUGCGGCUCCCAUGUUAGUCGUGUUGGCCAAGUCGUCCAUUUGGGCUCUCAAAGCUCCAUCAACUCUUCGCUCAAAGAGAACAGGCGUCAGGUCCUCGCAGGCGAGUCCGGGGGCCAUGCUCAUUCGGUUGGCACUCCCCCAGGGUCUUCUGGCAGUGAUGGCUUUGACGAGUUACCAUGUCCAAAUAAUCAACCGGAUCGCUUCGGGCUAUCCCGUAUGGUAUUGGUGGCUGGUGUCAUCCGCCAUGCCCAACCUACAGGAUCCACAGAAGGGUCGCCGAGGGUUGGUGUUGGCCGCGCAGGCCAUGGUGGCCUACGCCUUGAUCCAGGCGGUUCUUUUUGGGUCAUUUUUGCCUCCAGCAUAG